CCUGAGCGUGGACGCCUGCUCCGACCGUCAGUGGAGUGCGACUCGUCCCCUGGUAUAAGGCCUUCCCCUCGUUGUCUCCUGCUCGUCAUUCUCCCUCCGCACGACUCUCAGGAUGGCGCACCGUACAGAGGUGAAAGUGAACCCGGUGGGAUCGACCUCGGACUUCAACGACGAUGACAGGGAGCUCGAGGCCCUGGGAUACGUACCCUCCUUCAAGAGGGAGUUUUCCAAUCUCGCGACGAUCAGCUUCGCGUUUAGCAUAAUGGGGCUCUGCUCAAGUGUGGCUACCACAUUUAACACCCCGCUGCUAUUAGGCGGACCAGCGUCGGUGACAUGGUGCUGGAUAUUGGGAGCAUGCAUGUGCUUUACCCUAGGAGCGAGCAUUGCCGAGAUCGUCAGUGCUUUUCCUACCUGCGGUGGCUUGUAUACCGCGUCCGCACAGCUAUGUCCGAAGAAGCACCGCCCAGUAGUGGGCUGGGUUGUGGGGUGGCUGAACAUCCUAGGUCAAGUCGCUGGCCUAUCGUCUACGGAGUUCGGCCUGUCCAACAUGAUCUGGGCAGCAGUCGUCAUCGGCAAGGGCGGCAAUUACGAAGUAACGUCCGGUAAAGUCGUAGGCCUGUUCGCUGGGCUCCUAGUCCUCCACGGCAUCCUCAACUCGCUAGCGACCCGACACCUCGCCUUCCUCACCAAAGGCUUUGUCUUCGUCAACCUCGGCGCGACCAUGCUUAUCAUAAUCGUCCUCCUCGCAACGACGCCCCGGUCCGAGAUGCACCCCGCGUCGUACGUCUUCGGCUCGGCGGGGCUUGUGAACCAGACGGGCGGAUGGAACGGCGGGAUCGCGUUCCUGUUCGGGCUGUUGAGCGUGCAGUGGACGAUGACGGAUUACGACGCGACCGCACAUAUCUCCGAGGAAGUCAAGAGAGCGGCGUACGCAGCGCCAACGGCGAUCUUCAUCGCGGUCCUGGGCACCGGGCUCUUGGGGUGGGUGCUGAACAUCGUCUUGGUUCUGUGUUCCGGUCCCCUUGAGAACCUUCCCGGCCCCUCCGGCGAAGCCUUCCUCGAGAUUAUGGCGCUGCGCAUGGGCAACGCCGGAGCGUUGGUUUUAUGGGCGUUGGUGUGCUUGACCGCGUUCUUCGUGUGCCAGACCGCGCUGCAGGCGUGCUCGCGCACCGUGUACGCGUUCAGCCGGGAUCACGGCUUCCCUGACGGCGGCUACCUGAGCCACAACAGCGCGGCCACGCAGACGCCGCUGCGCGCGAUCUGGGCGACGACGCUAUUCAGUAUCCUGCCGGGGUUGCUCGAUUUUGCGAGCCCCGUCGCGGCGAACGCGAUUUUCUCGCUGUGUGCGAUCGCGCUGGACUUGUCGUAUAUUAUUCCGAUUUUCCUACGACGGCUGUACAGGAAUCACCCGGAGGUGCAGUUCAAGCCCGGUCCAUUCUAUAUGGGGGGUGGACUGCUGGGGUGGGCGUGUAAUAUCAACUGUUGUCUCUGGACGCUAUUUGUAUGUGUGAUUUUCUCGCUGCCGACGGUGUUGCCUGUCACGCCGCAGAACAUGAAUUAUGCUUCGGUUAUUACGGGAGGUGUUGUUAUUCUGUCUGGUAUUUGGUAUAUCGUUGGCGGCCAUCGGCACUACAAGGGCCCCACCUCCAACCUGCACGAAAAGGAGGGGGAGGGACAGGAGACGGAAGAUGAUGACGGGAAGAGGGAGAGUAGGGAGCAGGACCGGAAGGGGGAUAUCACAGUGUAGGCAUACUCCCCGCCCUUCAUGCCCCGGACUAAGAGAUUGGAUAUACUCAAUUUAUACACUUAUCUAUCGCUGCAAAUUUAUUGUAUACCUUGCAUGUAACGAUGCUACUGUACGGACGGAUGGCGAACCGCUCUGACUGUUAGUACGCUUGAUUCCGGGACUUGCACUUCGG